CUAUCUGGCAGUACAGAGCUAGGCACCGCGAGCACGCGACGCUUUUAAAAAAGAAAAAUCAAUUUUGACAUUUUGCCGCGCGGCAUUUUCGUACGCCGAACAUUUUCACGCGCCAAUUUCUAAACUUUUUAAAAGGUAUUUUUCAGUGAACUUUCUAUCGUGAUAUUUUUCUGUUAUUAAAAUAUUAGUGUGAGGUGUGUUGCUGAACGAAAGUAAAAGGAGGUGAAACGCUUAUUUGUAAUUUGACCAGCCAUGCGUUCACAUUGAGUGUCCCCUACACUAUCCAACAUGUCGGGUCGGGCAGCCGCGGUGUUGGUCGAGCGCGCCAACAAGUCGUACGGCCGACAAGACAAGCCCGACCACAAGCCUGUGCUUACACACCUCGAUAUGACCGUCGAGAAAGGGAUCAUUUACGGCCUGCUAGGUCCCUCAGGGUGCGGUAAGACAACCUUACUGUCCUGCAUCGUGGGUCGACGCAAGCUGGACAGCGGCAACAUCUGGGUGCUGGGGGGACAACCUGGAGAGAAGGGAAGCGGUGUACCUGGACCCAGGGUCGGGUAUAUGCCACAGGACAUAGCCCUAGUGGGAGAAUUCACAGUUCGCGAUGCAGUCUACUACUUCGGGCGGAUUUACGGCAUGAAAAUGCCCAAACUGGCCGAACGGUUCGACUUCCUGAGCGACCUGCUAGAGUUACCGAGUGGCGGUAGAUUUGUGAAGAACCUCUCUGGGGGACAGCAGCGAAGGGUGUCCCUGGCCGCAGCACUAGUCCACGAACCCGAGCUACUGAUUUUGGACGAGCCUACCGUCGGUUUGGACCCUGUUUUACGGGAACGUAUCUGGGAAUUCCUAGCUGAGUUAGCGCGAGGAGGGACUACUGUCAUCAUCACCACACACUACAUUGACGAAACCAAACAAGCACACAAGAUCGGGCUCCUCAGGGACGGACAACUACUAGCGGAGGACUCCCCUGAGGGGAUCCUGAGGAAGUUCGACUGCGACACGUUGGAGGAAGCGUUCCUCAAGCUGGCGUUACGGCAGCAUCAGCUACCUCGACGGAGAUCCACUCUAACCGGGUCCCCUGAUGUCAUCCCCGAGAGUCGAAUCCCGGCCGUGGAGAGUCGCUACCAGUCCAGCGAAUCAUUCAACGUAGUCACCAGCAGUACUGAUGUUUUAACCAAAAAAGGCGAACCAAAACAUUGUAGGACGAGCAGAGCGAAAUCGAGGUAUAAGGCUGUGUUUAUAAAGAGUAUACAACAGUUCUCUAGGCAUCCAGGAGGUUUAAUAUUCUCCAUUCUAUUCCCCAUCAUCCAAGUGGUGGCGUUUUUCGCUGCGGUGGGGCACGACCCGCGGGACUUGAAGCUCGCGGUGGUCAACGACGAAGCAGCCUUCUCACCAUAUGGUCUGGACAUCUGCAAGAACACGAGCCUACGCGUGGUGACGCUGGUGAACGAGGAUACCUGCGACACCUACAUGCUGAGCUGCUGGUUCCUCGAGGAGAUGGAGAAACGACAGAUAUAUCAGAUACCAUACAACACGACAGCCGAAGCCAAGCAAGCCGUGGUGAAGGGCAGACUGUACGGAGCCCUGCACUUCAACACCAACUUCAGCGAGGCGCUGGCCACGAGGGUGCGGGAGGGACACGUGGAAGACGACGUCAUCGCCGGCAGCACCAUCAGCGUCUGGCUCGAUAUGACAAAUCAUCAGAUCUCCCACUUCCUCAAAUCAUCGCUCCACAAAGCGUACGAGAGCUUCACGAAGCGAGCCAUGAAAGCGUGCAACCGACACGAAAACUUAGUACAGAUUCCAGUGCACUUCCAAGAGCCGAUCUACGGUGAGAUGAACACUCAGAUGGUUGGAUACAUGGCGCCCGGGAUUAUGAUCACCAUAAUCUUCUUCCUUCCGGCCAUCGUGACGUCCAACCUGAUGAUAGCGGACCGGCUGGAGGGCGUCUGGGAGCGGAGCGCCGUGGCCGGGGUCAAACCCAAGGAGAUGCUCUACGUUCACAUCACGCUGCAGACCGCUGUCAUAUUUAUACAAACUCUGGAAAUGAUAGCCCUAGCAUUCGGCGGGUACGGGCUUCCCACGCGUGGGUCGCUGGUCACCAGUGGGACUCUGCUCUUCCUGCAGGGGCUGAGUGGGAUGUGCUACGGGUUCCUCCUGUCCAUAUACUGUAACAGCUACACUCUUGCCUUCUUCGUCGCCACCGGCAGUUUCUACCCCAUGAUAUUAUUGUGUGGGAUCCUCUGGCCACUCGAAGCAAUGUCCGACGGUCUCCGGUUCAUCGCCCUGACACUACCAUUCACCAUUCCAUCUCGGUCCCUGAGAGAUGUCAUGGAGAAAGGGUACACCAUCACCGACCCCUCAGUCUACAAUGGAUUCCUAGUUACUGUAGCUUGGAUUGUCAUCACCCUAGCCUUAUGCCUGCUUAGGUUGAAGUAUAAAAAGACUUAGGAACUGACAAAUUGUGAUGUAAAUAAAUAGUAUUUAGUUAGUAUUUUUAAAGUCACAUAAUACAGAGUGUUACUGACAUCAUAAUGAAUACUAAGGGGGAUGAUUCAGACCAUGAUUCUGGGUUGAUAUCAAGUGGAAUUUCCUGUCAGAAAAUUCGUGGUUUUUUACGGCUAAUAGCCGGGCCGGGGGUGCUUCGGAGGGGACGUUAAGCCGUUGGUCCCGAUUACUAUUUACUGAUGUAAGUAAGUAAUCGUUACGUGAGCCAUGUCAGGGGCCUUUGGCGGCUCAAUCAUAACCCUGACACCAGGGUUGAUGAGGCUGGUAUUCCACCUCACAACCCACACGAUAAGAAGCCGGGACCAACAGCUUAACGUGCCCUCCGAAACACGGGAUCAUCAUGCUUUUUCAGUCAAUCAGGUAAUUCAAGUCUGAAAAGUCCUUGCCAGACAAAGGACUAAGUGAUUUCGACAAUGUCCCCAUCAGGAAUCGAACCUGGACCUCCAGAUCGUAAGCCUAACGCUCUAAAUGGUAUCACGGUUAAAUGAGGGCCAAUUUGGCCUCCUGUAUAAACAACGAAACUGUGUAUGUAGACAGCGAAACUAUUUUCUACGUUUUGUUAGUUUUGAGCUAUGAAAUAGCUCCCUGGGUAGCCUGUAUAUAGCUUUUGGUAUUAUAUUAUCGUCUCUCUCGGGUUUUACAAUUUUAUACCGCGUUUAGGUAAUGUUUAUUAUACAUUUUUAUAUUUUUUAAAGGUGUUUAUAUUAUGUAAGGCCUUGGAUUGGCAGUAUAUUACUGCCAAGCCAUUGUGUUAGGAAAUAAUUAUAAAAAUGUCAAGCUACGUAUGGAAUUUAUUUUUAUGUAGGGCUAAAAGUUAGGUAGGAUAAUAAAUGUUUAAGUAUAGGGAGAAAAUUGUAUAAUUAUGCUAUGGCAACACUGAGUGACGUUGGAUUAUUCCCAUUAGUCCCCUUUAGCAAUGUCCCCCGGGGUAUGGCUGGAGUAUAUCUUGUAUCUUUUAAGGCCCUGCGCAGACGACAGACUAUCCGUGACGCACUUUUUAGUCUGUGAAAAUAUAACCUAUGCAAUUAUAUGCAGUAACGCGCCGGACAUUUUUCGCGUCGUGUGCGUUACUGCAUAUAAUUGCAUAGGUUAUAUUAUCACAGACUAAAAAGUGCGUCACGGAUAGUCUGUCGUCUGCGCAGGGCCUAAUUCUAUUACCUACUUUUAUUUAUCUGUUUUCUCCAGACCAUCACGAAAAAAUGCUGUACAUUUUUUUUAUCUACCCUAACCCUUUUUAAUCUAACCUAAUCCUUUCUUAUCAAACUGAAGUUUCAGCAUUUUCGGUCUAACCUAACUUUUUAGUUAAGCAAGAUUAAGAAGGGGUUGGGUUAGACCUAAAAGGGUUAGGUUAGUUAAAAAAAGAGUUGGGUUAGAUCAAAAAAAGGUUAGGUUAGAUCAAAAAAGGGUUAGGUUGGAUCAAAAAAGAGUUGGGUUAGCUCAAAAAAAGGUUAAAUUAGAUCAAAAAAGGGUUAGGUUGGAUCAAAAAAGAUUAUAUGGGAUAAAGGGUUACUUUAAAUCAAAAGAGGGUUACGUUAGAUCAAAAAAGGGGUAGGGUAGAUAAAAAAUGAGUGUGUAAUUUGUAUCGUACUUUUUGCAUGUUGCUCGAGCAAAUAGUUUUAUGUAGUAGAAGACAGAAUAGGUAUUCCAUACAAGUCGUGAUGGACGCCUGGGAAGGGGUCGUAGCAAUUGUCGUAGCAAGUGACAAGCGGGAACAAAAUUCCCAGUUGUCACCACGGGGGACAGCGGUAAAGGGGACUGACUACUGGGAAUAAUCAAUAAUGUUAAUGUGGCCUCAUUACUGUUUUAAAUGUACGCCAUUUGUAGCUUAUUAUUAAAGAAUAUUUAGCAUUUCUCAAAUUCGGCUUGGAUUGCCGAAUGGUUCGAGACAUUUGCCGUACUCUAAGGGUCUUGUGAUACACGUUAUUGUGAUUUGUGGGUAUUUAUGAAUAAAGAGUUUACAAAAG